UUAAAUGGCAUUUUUACUUUUUUUUGCAAAAAAACUCUUAAAUGUUAAAUGAGUGAAGGUGAUUUACUGAGUUCCUAUAUGUCUUUUUAAAAGGACUGAUGACCGGUUUCUAAUCCCAAGCAACUUGAUACGCAUGUCUUGCAUGGUAUAAAAAGGAUGGGCGUCCUGUGCUACAACAGUGGACUGUGUUUUGUUUGAAAAGGCAAACCUACAUCGUCAUGGACAAGUACAGAGUGAUAGCCUUACUUCUGGUGACUUUUUUAGUCGUGCAGAUGUUGGCUGAGUCUGAAGGCAGGAGACGCCGUGAACGUCGUCGCUUUAUUUCAAGUUCAGACCUCGAGGACGAGGAAAGAAAUCAGGGAGUGGAAAAGCUAGACGAUGCCCUUGAAAAUACUAGUAAAUUGGAGAAAUUGGUCGAGAUGCUUGAAGAUGAAAACGAAGAAAAUGAAAACGAGUCUCGAUACGUGAAUUUAUAUGAAGAACAAAAUUUCACAAGAAACCACGUUGCUACAUACAAUCUGUUGCGUCCUAGUUGUUUUGACACAACGUUUAAUUGUUUACUCGAAGAUUUAAACCCCCUUACAUGCGCAGCCCACGGCUGUCAUCUCAACACUACUACGUACAAUGACGCUGAUAACCAAGCGCACAUUAUUUUGGAUCACUGAUAUAUAUUAUUAUAAAUAUAAUAAUGUCACUUUAUUCUUACUGUUUAAACGUUUACCAAUUUUGUAUU